UAUAAUUUCCAUUCUGACCAGGAACAUUGUUUGUCUUUCAGGUAUUUCCUGGAAAGGUCACACAGUGCUAAGAUGACGCUCACCAAACCUUAUGAGCUCUGCCCAGAAGAGGAGGCUGAGGACGGAGAGUUGACAGAUGAACAGGACAGCAGUCCGCAGCCCGAGGACAGCGUCCCUGGCUACAGCCAAUCACCUUCCUCCUCCUCACAGAACGGUCAGCCACGCAACAGUGGUGGCGGAGGAGGCGGUGGUGGUAGUAGUAGUGGCGGCAGCGGUGGUGGCAGUGGGCAGGUCCAGAACAAUCAGGUGAGCAUGCCAGCUACUCACCAGCCAGUCCAGCCAACCAAUCAGAUCAACAACCAGUUGAACCAGGCGGAGCCCAAAUCACGCCUCGAGCUGCUCCAGCCGCAGAACUCUCCACCUCUGGAUACAGACACCUGUGAAGAGGAGAGCAGCAACAAGGGAACUAACUCUGACUGA